UCAAAUCAUCUCGUCAAACAACGAGUAAACAUGCACUUAUUGAGCGAUAUAUUAAUCGUGAUGUGCUCUUCUCAAGUUUGAUAUUAGCAGUAAUAUGUUUACUCUGUGCGGGACUAUCAAUCUGGUGGGGACGUUCAUUCGGCGAUGAAUGGAUACAUGUUCCAUUCUUAGUAGAUAACCCAUUUGAUAAUCCUGCUGGCAAUUUUUUUGCAAAUACGUUGCGUUUUGUGAUAUUAUUUCAAGUGAUGGUACCAAUUGCAUUAUAUGUAUCAUUAGAUCUUGUUCGAGUUCUUCAAAUGUAUACAAUAGCACGUGAUAAAAAACUACGAUAUGAACAUGCCAUAAGUUGUCGUACAUUUACGAUAAAUGAAGAUCUUGGUCAAAUUGGUUAUGUAUUCUCAGACAAAACUGGUACAUUAACACAAAAUAAACUUGUAUUCAAAGUAAUGUCGAUUGGUGGUAUGCAAUAUUCACAACGUUCUGAAUUACCAUUAGAAAUGGAUCUAUUAACUAAACAUUUCUUAACAGCACUUGCGGUAUGUAAUACAUCAUUCAUCGUUCAUCAGGAUAAACAACUUAUGGAGAAACUUGAUUAUCAACCAAAAUAUGAAGGUGACAAUGCUGAUGAUCUUGUACUUUGUCAAACAGCAUCAGAUUUUGGUGUCAGAAUGAUUUCUCGAUCAGCACAAAAUAUUAUUGUUCGAUUUAUCGAUUCAACUAAUACACAAAAACAAGAUUAUGAAUAUGAUAUUCUUUGUUUAUUACCAUUUGACUCAACAAGAAAAAGAAUGUCAAUUAUUGUUCGACUUCAAGAUCAAAUCUUUCUCUUUCUCAAAGGUGCUGAAUCAUCAAUAUGGCCACAUCUAAGUCCUCUCAAUGAUGCACAAAUGAAAUCAACAAUCGAACAACAUAGUUUAACUUUUGCUGAACAAGGUUAUCGAUCUUUACUAGUUGCAUAUCGACAACUAACUUUGAGACAAUUUGAAGAUUGGUUUGAAAAAUAUCGACAUGCUGCAAAUUCACUUGACAAUCGAGAAGAAGCUAUUUCUGAUGUUGCAACUGAAAUAGAAGUUGAUUUAAUGUUAGCUGGAUUAACAGCUGUCGAAGAUAAACUACAAGAUGGUGUACCAAGAGCUAUUGCAACAUUAAGAUGUGCUG